AUGGCGCGCAAGAAAGCUCGGGACAACAAGCGGCAGACCAAAAUCAAUUUCUCGCCUGCUUCCCAAACAUCGCGUGCAACUAGAUCCUCCGCAACACCCAUGGCUGGCGCGUCCCAGAAGCCACAAAAGCCGACAAAAGGUAGCGCCAGUCGGGCAUCGAAGAAGACAUGUCAGGAUUCAACAAGCGAAGAUGAGUUGGCACAAGAGACAGAGAGAGGCUUGCGCAUAGGCAUGUUCAAUGAUCGAAACAAUCAUGCAAAUGGCUCCUCAAGCUCAGAAGAGGAGCAGCCAGUUGAGAAGCAGCCCAAGUCAAAGUCUAAAAAGCGGCGACGUGAGGCGACAUCAAGCGAAUCUGAAGGCGAGGCAACUGUUGUAGUGAUACCACGCAAACGUCAACGGUACGGUAUCAAAGUUGAAAUCGAGAGCUCAGAAGAAGACAGGAAGAGAAAGAAAAAGAAGAAGCAAGCCAAGUCGGAACCUGCACCACGCAGCGCUCGAAGAGGGGUUGCUAGAAAGGCUUCUACUCCAAACGAAGAGGAAGAGGAAGAAGAGGAGGAACAAAACGAGCAUACCCCGCCUCGCAGUGUCAGGCGCAAGCUUAAGAGACGAAGACCCGCGUCUGAUGAUGAUGAGGACGAAGACGAAGAUGAGACACACGGAGCCAACAAAGACUCUGCCUCAGAUAUGGAAGAGUCGGACUGUGCUGAUGAUACGGGGGAUAACGAAGAGCAAGAAGAACUCAAAGAAGACCUUGCAUUUCUACGAUCAUCUCCAGUUGCAGACAGUCGUAGGUCAACAAGCACAACGCUAAAGAACAAGCGACAAGAAGCUCUGGAAGCCCUGAAGAGACGAAGGGCUGGCACAACCGAGGCUUCGUCUUCAGCAACACCUGUGCGGCGAAAGACAGUUGUCAUAGAUUCCGACUCCGACUCCGAUUCAGAACUUGAGAUUAUCAAGGAGGAGGAGGAGGAUAGCGACGUAGAGGCCUCGGACCAAGACGACAGCGAGGAUGAGCAGGAGACCAAUGCCUUUGAUAUGUUUCAAGAAGACCAAGACGAUGAGCAAUUUAUCGACGAUACAGAGAAUAUUAUUGGAGAACCCGCAGCAAAUGACGACUUGGACGAGCUGCGACUAACCUUGAGCCUCUCUCGAGCAAAGACAAAGGACCUGUUCAGACAUGCCGUCGAGUGGAUGGUCAUGAAAAAGAUCCACCCCGGUUUCGAGUCAACUAAAAACAUCUAUACGGUGACUUUCCGGAAACUUGAUGACGAAGUCAAAGGCCUCGCAGGAUCAAAGUACACAUCAGCAGCCUGGACUUCCGACUUUACGCGCGCUAUCCGCGCACGACCAGACCUGAUGAUUAACGACCUCAGCGCCAGCGAAAGAGCCGCAAUGUCUCCCCACUGCGAAGCCUGCAACCGCACCAACCACACCGCAAGCUCCGAGCUCCUCUUCCAAGGCGCGCCGUACAACCCAGACACCCUCGAACCCCUCUCCUCCAACUCCGACUCCGACUCUGACUCUGACUCCGAUUCCUCCACCUCCUCUGCCCUCUCCUCCGACUCGGAAACCCUCCCCAACGGUGGAAAACCAACCUACAACUACCAAAAAGAGCGUAUCCCCCCAGAAUCUCACCGCUUCCCCGUCGGCUCAACCUGCAAAGCCAACGCCCAAGUCGCACACACUUUGUACCACUGGCGCUACCAUCUCUACCAGUGGGUUAAAGAUUACCUCAAAGCAGAGGGUCAUUUCACAGAGAAGAAGUUAGUAAAGAGGGAGGGCUGGAGCGAUCGCAAGAGAGCUAAGGCUGCGGCUAAGAUUGUGAAACGUAUGGAGGAUAAGGGCCAGAUUCGCGAGUUGUAUCAUUCGUAUAAGAAUCAAAUUACUGCGGCUGUUGAGGCGGAUAAUCGGUUUGAGAAUAGGUGGGGGAGACGUGGGAGGUAA